UUGAACUUUGAUUGAACUCUUGAGAUUGAGUUAAGUUCUCCUCCUACAGCUUACCCCCUAGUGCGUCGAAAGCCAUAGCGUCGCGAAUACUUCAUCAAUCAACGUGAUUCAAAUUGGGAACGGUAGCUGAGAUCAAGAGCUACAACAUAUCCAAGUUUCGCGACAUUCCAACGGCUAGUGUUUUGUCGACGUCGUUUCUUGUGAAGACGACUUUUCUGUCCAGAAUUUCGGAUUUAUAUUUUGAGUAAUUCUAGCUCCUAAGUUCACCUAGACUCCGUCCUUAAUACUAACAAGUGGUAUCAGAGCGAUAUUAAGGACAUUGAGAGGAGUCUACAGAAGUGUGAAGACCCUUCUAGACCCACCAUGGCCUGUGGGUGUGCCUAAGUGGUGUUCUAAAGGUUGGAUGUGUCUUCCGCUAAGGGGAAACUCUGCCGAAAUUUCGUGGACGCCGACACUUGUGAAAAUAUCGAGGGAGCUGAGUGUGGACAGCAAAGGGGAGCUGAAAUUCGUCAUUUCUCAAGGAGAAGAUGAAUGAGAGAGGAGGAGAUGCUAAUGGAAGAGGAGCUGAUCACAAGGGGUGGCUGCUAUGGGACCUGACCACCCAGAAGCUGACAGUGUCAAGGGAUGUGAAGUUUCUUGAGUCCCUGUACUAUAAGGAAUGGAAGCAGCAGCAACAGAAGCUUCCAUCUACACCACUCAUUGUGGAGGCAGAUGAGUUGCAGCAGCCUUCAAGACAGGUGGAGGUUGCAGUGUCAGAGGAGGAGAUGUCUGGGGUGACUGAGGAAGGGGGAGCAGCUGAGGUGGAGCAGCAGCAGCAGCAUGAAUCUCCACCUCGAGUUCCACACCCGCCUGAGCGUCCUAGGAGGGAUGUGCGCCCUCCUGUGAGGCUGACCUAUGGGGGAAGAGGCAAGCCGAAUGUGGUGCAGGCUGGGAAUUCUUGAACUUUGAUUGAACUCUUGAGAUUGAGUUAAGUU